CUUCCACUUCCGGAGAUAAGAGUUCGAGCCCUCCUCGCAGCAGUCGCCGCCAGACCGUCGGCCCGCAACCCCCUCCCCGCGCAGAGACCUUUAACCCUGUCCAGAGACCCCAGGUCCCCAUGUCUAACCGACCUGGCGCGGAGUCCCAUUUCCCAAGCUCAAGCCUACCAAAGGCACCGAGAGAAGCUCCAGUGGCCCCCGUCACACCCUACCUCCUGUCCCCAAAACCUUCCAGAGCCACCCACCGCAAAUCCCUCGUGCCGCGGGAUUCGCCCAGCUACUGCGACAGUCCCAGGCUCCCAAGUCCCUGAGGGCGGGGCUGGGGGUAGCCAGGGGCUGGGGGUCGCUAGCUCGGUUGAUCCCACCACUCCCCAAAAACGCACCCCCCUCCCAUCCCGACUCCUGGCCCCCGAGAGUGACGGGCUGGUGCUGGGGGGAUCGGACCUCCACCCCGCCCCCACACCCUGUUUCUGCUUCCAUUAAAAUCCGGUCCAAACUUGGGGUCGAUUACUCUAGGGAAAGCAACAAGAAGGGGGGCGCCCCGGGCCGCCUCAAGAGAGGGCUAGCUUUCGAGAUGAUGAGCCCCCUGCUCAGAGUCGAUGUCCGGUCCAACCCCGCCCCCUACUUCGAUUGCAACCUGACCCCUUUCGUAUUCCAAAAGACUCUGACGUGUCGGAAAAUAUCCCCCCUCCCCAGACUCCGCAGAGAGGAGGGGUCUGUAUGAAAAUGGGGCUGAGGGCCCUGGGGUGAGGAACAGAGGCAACACCGAGAGCAUCUUGCAGUUGCCAAGAACAUCGGGAAAGACCAUGGACCUGAACUGGCUUUGCUGGGAUGAGCUGGCGCUGCAGGAAGUGCCCCUGGGAUCCGUCUUGGAGCACCCUGGCCUGGCCUCAGGAGAAGCAGAUUUUUACAGCUCAAAGGCUUCCACCCUGUCCGACCCCAGAGGCUUGGACCCCCGGACCCCUGGAGUCGGGUGGAAAGGGCUCCCAGCUAACGAAUGCGGCUCGGAUUUCCCGUUUCCUGAAUUUCCCUGGGGGACUACUGACUCGUCCUCCUUGAAUCUCCCAUGUUCCGGCGACUGGACGGACUCUACAUGGUUCAACCCAGUCUCCCAACCCUACUGUCCUACCCCUUUUACCUACUCUGAAAGCACGGGAAUCGCGGAUCUUACCACCAGCCAGGCAAGCUUCACCUCAUGGACUACCACCCCCGUGCCCAGCGGUCCCACCCUCUGGGACUGCCCCAACCGUCCUUGCUGGGAGGGUGGCAGCGCCACCGGCAUGGAAUAUCCCACCUCCUGGGAGUUCAGCCAGCCUUCGGGAUGUUCAGCUCCCUCCAGCGGGUGCCCAGUCUCGUCGGACUCAACACCACGCUCGGACCGUACCAUCGCCGUCCGCGGCCCCAGGACUGGACACCGUGGUCCCAUCCAGUUGUGGCAAUUCCUACUGGAACUCCUCCGGGACCGAGCCGGCCAGGGCUGCAUCCGUUGGACCGGGAAUAGCCGCGAGUUCCAGCUAUGUGACCCGAAGGAGGUGGCCCGUCUGUGGGGGGAGCGCAAAAAGAAGCCGGGGAUGAACUACGAGAAACUGAGUCGAGGGCUGCGUUACUAUUACCGCCGGGACAUCGUUCACAAGAGCGGCGGCCGAAAGUACACUUACCGCUUUGGGGGCCGCGUCCCCGACCUGCCCUGACCCUGCGGGAGAGAACUAUGUGCGGAGGGGCUGGGGGUGCUGGUGCUUGGGCGGAAUAAAAAUCUCGGACUCCA